AUGGGUAUUCUCACGGCCGUGGUGGCAUCCAGACCUCGCAAAGACAAGUCCCGUGCCUACGGUUGGUCCCUGGACGUUGGUCAUACUCUGGAGAGCGAACCCAAGAGCUCCGGUCGACAGUCAGCUACUGCUGCGGUUGUCAGAAUGGCGUCCUUCUAUCUACUGGGCCUCUAUGUCGUCCAAUGGCUGCUUCUUGUUCCUCUAACGGAGGGCCGCAACAUUGUUGUGCGCAAAGAAGCUGGCACACACCAAACACAGUCAUAUGCGAUCCCUUCUCUCAUCGAUGCUACCGUUGAUGAGCUCGCAGAAGGCCUCGACAGUGGCGCCUUCACCAGCGUCGACCUUGUCAACGCCUAUAUCGCCAGAAUUCUGGAGGUUAAUGGCACCCUUCACAUGGUUACUGAGAUCAACCCCGAUGCUGUCGCCAUCGCGGAGCAACUCGACAAUGAGCGAGAAAAUGGCACGUCCAGGGGCCCGUUGCACGGCAUUCCCAUCCUGAUCAAGAACAACAUCGCCACGGCCGAUCAGAUGAACAACACCGCGGGGUCUUGGUCCCUCGUCGGCGCAAAGGUCCCCCGUGAUUCCCAGGUCGCCAGGAAGCUGCGUGAGGCCGGCGUGGUCAUUCUCGGCAAGACAAACUUGAGCCAGUGGGCGAAUUACCGCUCCAACAACUCGACCAACGGCUGGAGCGCCUACGGUGGGCAGGUCUAUGGCGCCUUCUACCCCAAUCAGGAUCCGAGUGGCAGUUCCAGUGGGAGCGGCGUGGCCUCAUCCAUCGGUCUUGCGCUCGCGAGUCUCGGCACCGAGACGGACGGCUCAAUCGUAUCUCCCUCGGAUGUCAACAACCUUGUCGGAAUCAAGCCGACCGCUGGGUUGACCUCGCGCAACUUGGUCAUCCCAAUAUCAGAGCACCAGGACACAGUUGGUCCCAUGGCACGAACCGUCAAGGACGCGGCCUACAUCCUCUCUGCCAUUGCCGGCGAGGACCCCUACGACAACUACACGUCCGCCAUCCCUUUCAAGAACGGCACUAUCCCAGACUACGUCAAGGCCUGCAAAAUAGGUUCCCUCAGCGGUGCGCGCAUCGGCGUCGCCCGUAACCUGAUGGAUGCCUCUUACGGCGUCGACACGAUAGCCAACGCCAGUUCUAGCGCCAACCUCGCGGCCUUUCAGGCGGCCCUCGACGUCCUCCGCGACGCAGGCGCCACCGUCGUCGAGGGCGCCAACUUCACGGCCGUGGACCAGUGGUUCAACGACUCCAGCACAGAGACCAUCGGGCUCGACGCGGAUUUCAUCGUCAACCUCGUGCAGUACCUGGACGAGCUCACCGAGAACCCGAACGACAUCUCCGAUCUCGUCGCCGAGACGGCCUUUACCCACGGCUUCCCCGCCGAGGACUGGCCGGACCGGGACACGGCGAUCUGGGACGGUGCCCUCGCCCGCGGCUUCAACAACACCAGCCCUCAGUUCUGGGACGCCCACCUUAACAACCUCGCAGUAGGCGGUCCGGGUGGUAUCCUCGGGGCCCUCGAGAGGGACAAUCUCGAUGCAGUGGUCUCAUUGACGGCCGUCUCGUCAUCCUUCCCCGCCCUGGUCGGCAGUCCCAUUGUCACCGUGCCACUGGGGUUCUUCCCGAAUGGGACGAGCGUGGUCCCUUCUCAGAGGGAGUUGAUCGGCACCGCACCCGGUAUACCAUUCGGAUUUGCGUUUAUGGGCGCAAGGUUCAGCGAGGAGAAGCUCAUUGGGCUCGCCUAUGAUUUCGAACAGAAGACCCUCGCACAGCAAAAGGGGGCGCCUUACAUUGUUCCUAGUACCGAGCUCGCUGAUGUUAUUUCUGCCUAA